AUGAACAUAAAGGGAAAAACUAAAGAUAGCAUCAAAACUCGCCUUGACUUGCAAGCAUUAAAUAUAAGGGCAGAGUUACACCCAGUACAACAGGGGAAUAAAGUUGUGAUACCUCUAGCAUUGUACAGUUUAUCUACUACUGAAAAAUACAGGCUUUGCCAAUUCUUGAAGCAGUUAAAAGUUCCAGAUGGAUUUUCAUCCAAUAUUUCUCUUUGUGUAAACAUGAAAGAGAGUAAAAUCUUAGGAUUACAGAUUAAUGAUUGUCACGUUCUUCUAUUACAUAUACUUCCUCUUGCAAUACGUGGUUUACUUCCUAAAGUAGUAUAUGAACCACUUGUUGAGCUGUCAUUGUUCUUCACUCAUUUAGGAGCAAAGUCAUUAAAGGUAGAUGUAUUGGAGCAAUUAGAAAAGCAAAUUCUUAUAACUCUUUGCAAGCUAGAAAGGAUCUUUCCACCUUUAUUCUUUGACAUUAUGGUGCAUUUGCCUAUGCAUUUGGCUAAUGAAGCUAAAAUUGGUGGACCAGUAGAAUAUCAUUGGAUGUAUCCAAUAGAACGAGCAUUAUAUUCAUUUAAGUCAUGUAUUCGUAAUAGAGCUUGUGUAGAGGGUUCAAUUGCAGAGGCAUACAUUGCAAAUGAGUGCAUGACUCUUUGCUCAAGGUACUUGCAUGGCAUUGAGACAAAGCUCAAUCAAAUGGAGCGCAACUAUGAUGGUGGAAGUAAUAAAAAUAAAGGAGGCUUAUCAAUUUUUUCCAAAGUUGCAUGGUUGCAUAAAAAUGACUCAAGUCCAAUGAUGGGAGCCCUACAUUCAUUAUCACGCGGUCCUGCUCGAUAUGUGACAUCUUUUUGUGGUCACAUUGUCAAUGGGUAUAGGUUUCAUACUGAAUAUCAUGACCAAGGUUUGAGGACACAAAAUAAUGGAGUUGUUGUAAUUGGAGAUAUUGGUGAUGAAGUUACCAACAUAGAUUACUACGGUGUCUUAACUGAGAUUAUUCAAUUGCAAUUUCUUAGAGGAAGACGUGUGGUGUUAUUUCAUUGUAAUUGGUGGAAUGUUUAUGAUCGAGUGAGGGGGGUUAAGAUUGAUGAAUAUGGGGGGGGGGGGGGUGUUAGUGUUAACUGUAAACAAACUUUGAAAACAAAUGAACCUUUCAUUUUAGCUAACCAAGCAUCACAAGUCUUUUAUGUUCCAGACAAUAUUCACAAAGGCUGGCAUUGUGUGAUAAAGGCACAUCCUCGAGAUUCUUAUGACAUCCCAUUAGAAGAAGACAUUGACCCCGCUGAUUUGAAUCAAUUAGGUGAAGGAUAUCAAGCUGAUGAAUCUGUCAAUCUUGAAUCUAGAGAAACAACUACAGUUGAUGCAAAUGACCAAAUUAGUUGGAAGAGGAUGGAUAUAGAGCCACUAAUAAUUGAUAUAUCUUCAACACAGAAGAAAAGAAAACAUGGAUCAUGA